GAACCCUAACCAGUCUAACAUUUUCCUUCUGAAAAUACAGUGCCGCCGAUAAAAUGCAGAUCUUCGUGAAAACUCUUACCGGAAAAACCAUAACGCUCGAGGUCGAGUCGAGCGACACUAUUGACAAUGUCAAGGCCAAGAUUCAGGACAAAGAAGGAAUUCCACCGGAUCAGCAACGAUUGAUUUUUGCCGGAAAGCAGCUGGAAGAUGGACGCACCCUCGCUGAUUACAAUAUUCAGAAAGAGUCGACUCUGCAUUUGGUUCUUAGGCUACGUGGUGGCAUUAUUGAGCCGUCUUUGAUGGCACUAGCUAGGAAAUAUAACCAGGACAAGAUGAUCUGCCGCAAAUGUUAUGCUCGUCUACACCCUCGUGCCGUUAACUGCAGGAAGAAGAAAUGUGGACAUAGCAAUCAGUUGAGGCCAAAGAAGAAGAUCAAGUAAACAUGUCACCGAUUUAACCUGUUGCAGCUUUUCUGCCUUGACCGAUUUAAACAAUUUAGGAUUUGCAUUUGCUUGUAGUGGAAGAUAUAAACCGCUUAUCUAUUUGUUUUGUUUGGAAUGCUCAGAAAUCAAAGACAUUAUGCAGAAAUGAUGAUUAAGGUGUCUAAUGCAAUAGAUUUCCCUACCCACAACGCCAAUGAACUUCGUUUU